CCCGGACGCACAGAUCCAUCCGGAUAACUUCUUUCUUCGACAGCACCGAAUCGUUUUCAUUGACUCCAAUGAAAAUCCUGAGUGCACGAGGGGGAAAUCGCAGGUCUACAAGCAAAUAAAUCGCUCCCAAACAGAAACACACGGUAUUUUUCUUUCGGAACAAUGUCUCCGUCUCCGCCGUCCCYAUCACCGACCUUGACCACACACAGAGCACUCGAGUUCCUCCUGAACCUAACGAAAUAUGCGGGUCAGAGAAAGGUUCCGAUUCUAGAGUGGCUGCUGGCGUGGACCACGGUGGUGGUCUUUGGCAUCCGCUACCUAAUCGAUUAUGCCAGGCUGCGAUGGAACCUUCACUCGCUGGCUUCCGAGGCAUCGUCCCCCUCGUCCUCCAACCAAAGGCUCUGCGACCGCAUCUCGCUCUGCCCACUGGCGCACACGGAGGAUCAGCUAGCGGUGACUGCGGAAGAACGAUGGGAAAGGCUCCGUCAAGCCCUUCUGCGGUCCCCUCUCUCCUCCGCCCUGGUGGACAACGGCGAUUCGGGCAGCAUCGAUGCCAGUACCGAGUGCAGCAGUGGCAACGAUAGCGCUUCCAUCAGCACACUCGGAGGAAGCAGUGUGAUCGAGGGCGCUGCGAGGAAAUCGCACAGAAAGAAGAAACCCAAGGCGGCAUCGCUGAUUGUGCAAAUGACAAAGGAAUGGACCGACGACGACUGGAUUACGAUCGUUYGGUCGGACCUCGACGUCCGGAGAGAGGCAUCGUACCUGAUGCACACACUGUCCAAAUCUCUGUCGUCUCCGCGGAAAAACGGGCUYGGUGCUCUGGUCGUUUUGUCGAAACUCCGUCGGCUAUGGCCGCAAUUCCUCCAGCUCCCCGAGUCGAUUCUGGAACAAAGCAGCAGCAGCAGCAGCGACAACGAGCACGAUCUUUCGCUGAUUGUUCCGAUGUACAAGGAAAAGGUGACCGACAUUAGCUAUACCCUAAACAAGGCAUUCGAUAACUGCAGCGGUGAUCCAAAGCGAAUCCAGGUCGUUGUGGUGCACGUACAGAGCAGCCCCACCGACGAAAACGACGACGAUGGCAAUUCUCUGCUGCGACAGCAGCUCCUUCAACAGGAGCAGCAGCAAAAGGAGCCGCCRCAGCCCAGUGAAAACAAUUCAAACGAAGACGAGCSGCCAUCACUCACCUCCUCCUGGGGGGAACUGAAGGUGGUCACGAUUCCUUACGGACAAGGUGGUGGCAGGGGGAAAACCCUUAACGUGGGAGCCAAACACGCYACAGCCYCCAUAUUGACAUUUUUACACGCYGAUACGAUGGUCCCCGCGGGAUGGGAUGAACAAAUAAAGAAGGCACUAACGUGGAACAACAAUAUCAGCAGUUCCAAUGGCAGCGGUAGAGACAACGGCAAUUCUUUCUUCCCCCAUGCGUGUGCCUUUACCAUGGCCAUCGACGUCGACAGCUACAAAACCAACGGCGCUUCAUCCCCCCUAUCGAGCCACCACCGCAAGGAGCCRGCAGGGUUGCUGGGAGCAGAAUGGCUUGGUGUCCUACGGUGCCACUGUGGGCUGCCCUACGGGGACAGCGUCUUGUCCUUUGGCCGGCCYAUGUUUGAUUACAUGGGGGGAUACCCGGAKCAGCCGCUAAUGGAAGACUACGAGGCCAUGGACUGGCUGCGCCUGAGAAGUGUCCUCUUGUCCACCAUUCACAAAAACGAAGACCGAAAARCCACCSCUGCAAGCAAUCCAGUGAGCAGCAAGAAUGRGCUGGGGGCGGAAGGCCUCGUCUUGCUAAGAGAUCGGGCCAGGUGUUCCCCCCGGCGAUGGGAAAAGUACGGAGUUGCAUAUACGAGUCUGGUCAAUGCCAUGUGCAUUUUUCGGUACAACAGCAACGCUACGGCCGAGGAUCUGUUUGACUUUUACUACCACUGCAAUAAACAACCACAAAAGUGACAAACACAAAAUGGGUUUCAAGCAGCACAUCGCCAAUCGUUGAAGUAACGCUUAAUUUCUACUUUAUUCAUAAAUACAUUUUGUUCUU